GGAGCGAGUCUGCGGCCAGGAGCGGGAAUGUCGAGGAGUUCGAAGGCAGUGCUGGGCCUCUCGGUGCUGCUGACGGCGGCCACGGUGGCCGGCGUGCAUCUGAAGCAGCGGCAGGACCGGCAGAGGCUUCGUGACGGAGUGAUCAGAGACAUUGAGAGGCAGAAUCAGAAAAAAGAAAACAUCCGUCUUUUGGGAGAACAGAUUAUUUUGACUAAGCAGCUUGAAGCGGAAAGAGAGAAGAUGUUGGAGAAAGGAUCUCAAAAUACCUGACUUUGAGAAGCCGAUGGGGCAGUGCUGAGUUGGUGUGCGUAACUGUGGGUGUGGUGUGUUGGUAGAGAGUAGCCAGUGAGGGCUGCCCUCCAAAAUCACUCUCCAUUUAAACUUUGUUACAUGAAGGGCAGUGGGCCCUGUCUUCGAAAUUGCUUCUUUAAAGAGUCUGUUCUGUCUGGAUAGAGUGCUUGUGGGCAGAUGCUCUUCUGAAGGUCUGGGGGAUUCCUGCAGCAGUCCCUGUCAGCUUAGGAGUGCGUGUGAGCAGGGGGCAAUGGACAGUGGCAUCCACCUGAGUGGGCUCCUAAGUCGGCAUGACGAUGAAGCCACAAGAACGUCCACCUCGGAAGGGCUGGAGGAAGGUGAGGUGGAGGGAGAGACUCUCCUAAUUGUGGAGUCGGAGGAUCAGGCAUCAGUGGACUUAUCUCACGACCAGAGUGGGGAUUCCCUCAACAGCGAUGAAGGAGAUGUAUCAUGGAUGGAGGAACAGCUGUCUUACUUCUGUGACAAGUGCCAAAAGUGGAUUCCAGCCAGUCAGCUGAGGGAACAGCUCAGUUACCUUAAGGGCGAUAACUUUUUCAGGUUUACUUGUUCCGAUUGCUCAGCAGAUGGCAAGGAGCAGUACGAGAGGCUGAAGCUGACAUGGCAGCAAGUGGUCAUGCUGGCAAUGUACAACUUGUCUCUGGAAGGAAGUGGACGUCAAGGUUACUUCCGGUGGAAAGAAGAUAUCUGUGCUUUUAUUGAGAAACAUUGGACUUUUUUACUAGGAAAUAGGAAGAAGACGUCGACUUGGUGGAGCACAGUAGCAGGCUGUCUCAGCGUAGGAAGUCCUGUUUAUUUCCGGUCAGGUGCUCAGGAGUUUGGAGAGCCCGGAUGGUGGAAACUUGUUCAUAACAGACCCCCAACCAUGAGACCCGAGGGGGAGAAGCUGGCUGCCUCCACUUUGAAAGUGAAAGCUUCAAAGCCAACGCUGGAUCCCAUCAUUACUGUUGAGGGACUCAGAAAACGGGCAAGCCGGAAUCCUGUGGAAUCUGCCAUGGAAUUGAAAGAGAAGCGGUCUCGAACACAGGAAGCUAAAGACAUCAGAAGAGCUCAGAAAGAAGCGGCUGGCCUCCUUGACAGGAGCACCUCUUCCACCCCCGUCAAGUUCAUAAGCCGAGGCCGGAGGCCGGAUCUGAUUUUGGAGAAAGGAGAAGUGAUUGACUUUUCAUCCCUGAGCUCCUCAGACCGCACUCCCCUCACAAGCCCGUCUCCUUCUCCCUCUCUGGAUUUCUCUGCUCCGGGGACACCAGCCUCGCAUUCGGCCACGCCUAGCCUGCUUUCUGAAGCAGACCUCAUCCCAGAUGUGAUGCCACCCCAAGCCCUAUUUCAUGAUGAUGAUGAGCUGGAAGGAGAUGGAGUCAUAGACCCAGGGAUGGAGUACAUCCCACCCCCAGCUGGGUCAGCUUCUGGGUUGGUUGGGAGCAGAAAGAAGGUCAGAGCUCCAGAACAGAUCAAACAGGAGGUGGACAGCGAGGAGGAGAAGCCAGACAGGAUGGAUGGAGAUAGCGAAGACACAGAUUCAAACACUUCUUUGCACACUAGAGCUCGAGAAAAGAGGAAGCCACCCCUGGAAAAGGACAUGAAGCCCAAGGGGCCCAGGUAUACACCUGUGAGCAUCUAUGAGGAGAAGCUGCUGCUCAAGAGGCUGGAGGCGUGCCCUGCUGCCGUGGCCAUGACUCCAGAAGCCAGGAGGCUGAAACGGAAACUGAUCGUCCGGCAAGCAAAAAGGGAUCGGGGUUUACCACUCUUUGACUUGGAUGAGGUUGUGAAUGCCGCGCUUCUGUUAGUCGAUGGGAUUUAUGGAGCCAAAGAUGGAGGAGCUUCCCGGCUUCCAGCUGGACAAGCUACAUAUCGGACCACCUGCCAGGACUUUAGGAUCCUUGACCGGUACCAGACUGCCUUACCAGCCAGGAAAGGAUUCCGGCACCAGACCACUAGAUUUUUGUAUCGUUUGGUGGGAUCAGAAGAUCUGGCUGUGGACCAAAGUAUUAUCAGCCCUUAUACUUCUCGGAUUUUGAAACCUUAUAUCAGGCGUGAUUAUGAGACAAAGCCACCCAAACUACAGCUCCUGUCACAGAUUCGUUCCUACCUGCACAGGAGUGACCCUCACUGGACACCUGAACCUGAUGCACCUCUCGAUUACUGCUAUGUCCGACCAAAUCACAUCCCAACGAUCAACUCCAUGUGUCAGGAAUUUUUCUGGCCUGGCAUUGACCUGUCUGAGUGUCUGCAGUAUCCAGACUUCAGUGUCGUAGUCCUUUAUAAAAAAGUCAUUGUUGCCUUUGGCUUCAUGGUGCCCGAUGUGAAGUACAACGAAGCUUACAUUUCAUUUCUGCUUGUUCAUCCUGAGUGGAGGAGAGCGGGGAUUGCCACAUUCAUGAUCUAUCAUCUGAUUCAGACGUGCAUGGGCAAGGAUGUGACUCUUCAUGUCUCAGCAAGCAACCCUGCCAUGCUGCUGUACCAGAAGUUUGGCUUCAAGACUGAGGAGUAUGUUUUGGAUUUUUAUGAUAAGUAUUACCCACUGGAGAGUACGGAGUGUAAACAUGCAUUCUUCCUGAGGCUCCGACGCUGAGAUGAACUGUGUUCUUCCCAGCCAACAGUGGAUGCUGUCAGAGAGUGGGCCUCAGCAGCCGUGCAGGCCCUUAUCCUGGAAUUGGGCCCUGGUCUGUUGUGGGUAAUAGCCUCCACAUGGUCCAGCUGCGUAAGUGAAGCCAGUGGUACAGGUAGACAGUUCUUCCGUCCAGAAACCAUCCAGCAGGCCCCAAGUGGCCUUCCAGCAGUAUCUUGGACUCCACUGUACACCAGACCCAAGCGACUCUGUCAUUUUCUUUCCAUACAAUGAGCACAGAAGAGCUUCUAAGCUGAACCAUUUAAGAAUGGGCCUGCUCGUCCUACGUUAAAGCUCAGGAAGUAUGAAAGGUUAAAGACUGCCAGUGCUCUCACUGUCCUGGGACGAGAGGUUAUGAGGCAUCAAGAAUGAUUCCAAUUCUGUUUUCAGCCUGUGCUGUGCUGUCAUUGAACCCCAGAGGACUUAUGGGGCACUGAAGUCCUUUUGUCUCUUGCUGACCUUUGUCCCAGUCAGGAAGAAUAUACUCAGUGUCUGUCUCCACGCUGCUUUACUUGAUCUACCUGUCAGCAUCUCCUUCAGGGACACUGACCUGGUAUAAGGAGUUUACUCUUGGCAUGGCCUGGGAAAUAGCUUGAGAGGAACAGUUGAGCUUCCCGGGCCUUCUCAUGCUCAGGACAGUUGCAACACAGGAGUGGAGGUGUGGACUGGUACAGGCAGACCUGGAUGGCCUGUCCACCUCAUGAAGCUGCUUCCUGUAUUGCACAUGUUGGAGUUGGACUACAGGUAUCUUAAGUGCAUUCCAAUUGCAUCAGAUAUUCUCCAAUAAAAAUCCUUACCUGUGACACCUCACAGCCAGGGCUUUAGCCCAGUCAUUUGCACUCAGCUUGUCUUUAAUUAGGAACAGUGGCUCCUCUUGCUUUGUGGAUUCUGACUUGGUUUGAGAAUCCAGAAAGGGCUGAAUGCUUUAUAACACACUGGUUUGCAUGUGUAAAACUCCCCUGUGCAACACUAUUUAGAUCCUCUGCUCAUAAGCCCUAGCUGCAGCUUGAAUUCCUGUGUUGAUGGGAGCGUUGCUCUCUUAUCUGGAACAAUAGUCAAGACUGUUUCUUUGCAAAGUCAGCACAGCACCAUCUAGAAAAUGUGUCUUCGUGUUUUCUUUCUUCCUCCCAAGCACUUUCUGCCUUUUAAAGGCUUCUGUUGAUAACGAGUUAUAAGCCCUGUCUUAGUUACUUUUUUGUUGCUCUGAUAAGACACAGUGACCAAGGCAACUUACAGAGGAGUUUAUUUGGGGCUUACAGUUUCAUGACCAUCAUGGUAAGGAGCAUAGUGACAGGCAGGCACUGGAACAGGAGUUGAGAGUUCUCACCUUGAGACACAAGCAUGGAGCAGAGAGAAAGCUAACUGGGAUAGCAUGGGCUUUUGACAUCUCUCAAAGCCCAUCUAUAGUACCAUGCCUCCUCCAACAAGCCCACACCUUUUAAUCCUUCCUAAACUGUUUUUACCAACUUUCAAAUAUAUGAGCCUAUGGGGGCCACUCAUUCAAAACACUACACCCUAUGAAGUAAAUUGAGAAAGCCUUCCCAAACCUGGAAAUCAGCUUCCAACUGUCUUAGGUAGAUGUCAAGCACCAGUGUGACAAAGAAUGGCUGGAGGGGACUAUCUGUGAUAGUGAUUGCUUUAAUUUCUUUAAUUAAGUCUUUGCCUUUCUCUUUUAUAUACUAUAGCUUUAUCUUCCCCAUUUUACAUUUAGAGAUUGAUUUUUUUUUCAUGUAUGUGAGUAUUAAAAGUAAGUGCUGGUAUCGUGAUUACAGUCAGGACCUGUUUAGGUAGGUAUCUCUAACAGUCACAGAUAAUUCUAGUAUUACCUCACGUUGAUGCCUACUGUCGGUCUGUAUUAGGUUCUCGAUAGGAACAGAGCUGAUAGGAGGAGUACACACACAUAUGUGACAGAAGCAUUUGUCAAUUACUAUUACAUACAGAGGAAGACUUACUAGGUUUAUGGGGUGUGAUCUAUAUAGUCUGACAAUGGCUAUCUGAUGAUGUUUUGAAAAGUGAAAAUAUAGUAGUUGUUCAGUUCAGAAGGCUGGAUGAUUUUGUAGUUCCCACUUGGUGUGCAGUCCUAGAGGAAUCCUGGAGUGCUGCCAGUCUAUAUUGGCAUCCUGAAGAAUUGUAUUUAAUAUUGGCCACAGCAACAGGAUAGACAAGUUUACCACAGGAGCACCCAGUGGUUACCUCUAGGUGUAGUCAGAUAAUAAGAUUAUCGAUCACAGGUUCAUUUCUCCUUAUUCUGACACACAGUCACAUCUCCUUACAUCAUGCUUAAUUUACAAAUGAAAACAACAACUAGGUCAUAAUUCUGCCUGUCAUGAUAUGUCCCACAUAUCGCUGCAAACAUAUCACAUGUUUUAGAAAAAUGGCAAAGUCCUUUGAAGAAUUGUUAUCCUUUUAAUUAUUAUAUUGAUUUAUAAUACUUAACCACUGAUGUUAUCUCAAUGUUACACUAAAUGACAAUAGAGGGAAUAACACAGAUAUCUGCUUACUUAAUCUGCGUGUCUAUAUGCACACACACAUUCUUAACAAAACAAGACAAGCACUUAUCAGUUACAAUCAGUUUCCCAUAGUCUAGUUAAGUGAAUUUCGUACGUUUAGAGGCCACAUCUGUAAAAUGAAUCAACAAUACCCUCCUGCACAGGGUCAAGAAAUCUUAAAGCAGUGGGGUGUAUGUAGCCCCAUAGUAGAAGCCUUGGCUAGGGGGUGCAAAACCAAACACCAGAAGUCAGAACUUCCUCUCAAAGCUUAGCAGACUGAUGUCAAAGCAGCAGCAGUCUUCCUUGCUCUGACUGCACCUGGAGAGCGAGCUGUGCUCAGCACUGCUCCUGCCAUGGCUGAGUGGAGGCAGUGCUACCCCAGACGCUGGGCCAGCAGAGCCAGCCUCUUGCUUUGCCUCUUGCUCUGUUCACUCUUCUUCAUGCCUAGAACAUUUCUAUUUAUCACAGAUUGAAUGUCACGUCAUACCACCUCCUUCUCUCGACCUGGAUAAGUGAUGGAGAUUUAGAGCUCUCCAUUGUAUACAGAGUUCCCUGUGUUAAGAGGACCCCUGAAAAAGUAAGUAAAGCUGGAAAAUUUUGGUUUCUUUGAGCUGAAGAGGAAGAUGGAUAGUAGCUUAGCCAAGAAGCUGGAGGGAGGCCUGGGUUUGCUUUCUAACCUCAGCUCCUAUGUACGGUCUCCUUAGUCCUGUGUAAAGCGACCUUCAGCUCACCUAGGGGUCCCAUAAGUAGUGAGCAUGUGAGCUGUUUCUAGCCUCGUACUGCCCACAGGGUCAGGACUAGGACGAAGAUGGAACCUCCUGCUAAGGUUUCCCAUGCUGCCUGGGUAGUCAGUGGAGUGGGCUAUGAGGAUCAGGUAGGCCCAUGGAAGCUCUAGUCACAGCCUCAAGUGCAUUGCAUUUAUAGAGCUUGUACGUGUUGUGCUGCCUCUAGGGAAACCACUGCACUGUAGCACAAGCCAUGGCUAUCAAAAGGAAAAAGGGAACGGACUGAGAAUAAAGCAGGUGGAGAGGCAGCAAGGCUCCAUUGCCCUGUUCUUCAGUUCAGGUAGCUGAACUGUGUUAGCCACACUGGAACUCCAGCUAGGACUUGGCUUACCCUAGCCAAAUUUUGUCAAUAUUUCUUUUCCCUGGCCCUCCACUCACUCUGACUAUGUCCUCGAUGCCUGUGCUCCCUAUAACAGACCACAUUAUAUGAUAUUAAGAGAUGGGUUUCUCAGAGAUUGUGAGAUCAGGACAACAGAGCAUGGUAUGUGCCAGUAACCCCAAGGCCAGUCCGGGCCGAGACUCUGUCUCAAACAAACAAACAAACAAAAAACAGAGAUGGGUUUUCCUUUUCACUGUGACAGACGACAGCGGGUUGGUUCUGUCACUGAAGCAGUGAUUAAGCCCUCCCCAGACAAUACAUCUCAAACAUGAAGCUCCUACAGAUGUCUGUGGCUUCAGUCACCCAGUCUGGCAUUUUGUUCUAGGACACUUGCCAUUCUCCCUUGGGUAGCUCUCAAGUUGCUAUGUCAGCCUCUAAUUGCCUUCCUUCUAUCUACCUUCAGCCCAGUGCCAGGCAGUUGAAUUUAUUUUUUAAAAAAUGCACACACACACACACACACACACACACACACACACACACACGCACGCGCGCAUCACAGUUAACAUAUUUGUACUUGUUUUUCCACCAUGGAUUGGACUUUUUACUUAUGUAUGGAUUCCCAGAAGUAGAGUUCUUAGGUCAGAGGUUGUGUACAUUUUUAUUGCUAGUUUCUAACUGCCAGCAAUCUUCAUUUAUAAAUUAAGGUACACACCACAUCUGAAAGCUGCCAUAAUUAGAGUCUGGGAAAAUGGAGGUAGUGCAGUCAGUGAAGUGCUUACCAUACAGCACGAGGACCUGAGUUCUAGCCUCACUACCAAUGUAGUAAGCUGACUGUAGUGGUGCACACUUGUGGACCCACAACUGGGGAGGCAGAGACAGGAUGGGGCUUGCAGAAUAACUGGCAUGGCCCAGUGAGCAAGCUCCAUGCCAGGGAACAAGGUACAAGCUCAGUAUGUGACUCUAAGCCAAUGGUUCUCAACCUUCCUAAUGUUGUGAGCCUUAAUACAGUUCUCCAGGUUGUGGUGACCCAUAACCAUAAAAUUAGUUCAUUGUUCCUAAUAACUAAUUUUGUUAAACUAACUAAUUUUGCUGCUGUUAAGAAUUGUGGUGUAGAUAACUGACGUGUGACCCCUGUGAAAGUGUUUGACUCCUGAAAGUGUCAGGAGCCACCAGCCCCAGGAACUCAGCUUUUGUCAGAGAGAGCAGAGGGACCACCCUUCAUGUCUCUUCUUCAGGGAGAAGCUGCUCAGUCUUUGUCCCUUUCCUCCCGGGUCAGGACAGUAGGACAUGGCAGAGACAAAUGCCCUUGAUGGCAAGCCUGUGGCCCUGAUUGGUUUCCAGGAUCUAAAAGAUAUAAACAGAUUUGAGCCAACUCCUACAAGUUGUUCCCUUGAUUUCCGUGUAUAUGAUACAUUUCAAGUACAUACCUCCAAAAUAAAUGUAAUUAAGAAAAC